AUGGUUCCACCGGAAUAUGAUUGGACUAAUCAAACGCGUGUUCCAGGCGCUGUUACACCUAUCAAAGAUCAACGUCGUUGUGGUUCAUGCUAUGCUUUUGGUAUGGUUGGAGCCUUGGAAAAAACAUAUGCAGAAAUUUAUAAAGAAUCUGGUCCACUAAGUCCGCAACAAUUAAUUGAUUGUUCAGGUCAACAUGGUUGUGAAGGAGGAGACUUAAUUUGCAAAAAAAAUUAUCCAUCAACAGCCGAUGGAAAAAAACAAGAGAAAUGUCAAAAUGAAAGUGGAGUACGUCUUUCGUAUAAUUCAACUCGUCAACUUCGAUAUGAACUGAUACCAUUUGGAAAUGAAGAAUAUAUGAAAAAAAUUGUUUAUGAACGAGGUCCAGUCUUUGUUUCUUUCAAUUGUGGCGUACGCAAAGGUAAUAAUACUAUUCUACGAGAAGUAUCAGAUAAAUUUGAUCAUUAUGCAUCUGGUAUUUUUGAUGUACCUGGGAUGUCCAACAUUUCAAAAUCUCAAUCAUGCGCCUGUUGUUGUUGGCUAUGGAACUGA